AUGUCUCUACUCUCUGUACACGAUCCGGCAAUCGUUGCUGCAUCUUCUUCUUGUCAGUGGAGCUACGAUGUUUUCUUGAAUUUUAGGGGAAAAGACACCCGCAAUGGCUUCACUGCCCACCUCUAUGAAGCACUGCACAAUUAUGGAAUCAAGACUUUCAUGGACGCCGACGGAGUUGCCAAAGGCGAGAAAAUAUCGCCAGCACUUGUUACAGCAAUUGAAAAGUCUAUGUUUUCCAUUGUUGUUCUCUCUAAAAACUAUGCUUCUUCCACAUGGUGCUUGGAGGAGCUUGUGAAGAUCCUCGACUGCAAAAACACCAUGGGACAAACAGUUUUACCCAUCUUCUACCAGGUGGAUCCUUCUGAUGUACGACGACAGAAAGGGAGUUUCGCAAAAGCCUUUGCUAAACAUGAACAGAAGUCGAAGGAGAUGGUGAGAGUGCAGAUUUGGAAGGAGGCUCUCACUGAAGUUGCCAGUUUAUCGGGCUGGGAUUCCAGGCAUAGGCCUGAGCCCAUACUUAUCAAGGAAAUCGUUGGACUUAUUUCAAAUAGAAAGAUUUGCAGAUCCUCAAAGGACACCAAGCUGGCCAUAAAUGGGGAAGAUGUUCUCACUGUAGGAAUCUUUCAACAACAUCAUCACAAAGAAGUUUUCAUGAAGCUCUCCAGCCAUGUUAUAGAUUAUAUUAAUGGCUUCCAGCUAUCUUGUAAAGACAAUGUCGGUUCUUUGCUAUCUAGGAAGAGCAAACUUAAAUGGAGAAGUGAAUUAAUGGAUAAUGAGUCUCAGUCAGAGGAAAAUGAACAACUUUCCAGAUCCAUACAGGAAGACCUUAUUUGUACUUAUCCACCUCCUCUUGGAAAUGAAAGUAUCUAUCAAGCCAUUCCAUUCCCUGUUUUGACCGGGUUCAAGAUCUGUGCUGGUUGCGGUACCGAGAUUUUUCUGAGGCGAUAUCUGAAGUGCAUAGGCAAAGUUUGGCAUCCAGAAUGUUUUAGAUGCCAUGCUUGUAAGCAACCAAUCUCUGACUAUGAAUUCUAUCUCUCUGGAGAGUCACCUUAUCAUAAAUCUUGCUACAAGGAAAAGUGUCGCCAAAAAUGCGAUGUUUGUGGGCAUUUCUUUUGGGCAAACCCUGCUUGUCUUAUGGAAGAUAGGGAACAUCCUUUCUGGGUCCGGAAGUACUGUCCUUCUCAUCAGCAUGAUGGAACUCCUUCCUGCUUUAGCUGUGAGCGAAAGGAGCCAUGGGACACAAGAUAUACAACUCUUAAAGAUGGACGCAAGCUCUGCCUGGAGUGUCUAGACCAUGCAAUCAUGGACACUCAUGAAUACCAGCCCCUCUAUCUUAAUGUGCAAAGGUUCUGUGAAAGCUUAAAUAUCGUAGUGGGGCAGCAAGUUCCAUUACUCUUGGUUGAGAGACAGUCACCAAGUGAAUCCACAGGGAGAGAAAAGAGCAGUACUCUCAUAGACAUGAUCAAGGAGCCCUACAAAGGGGUACCUGGUUUCAAAUUAACCACAUUUCGCAUUUUACAUGGCCUUCCUAGGUUGCUGACUGGGGCAAUCCUAGCUCACCUGAUGAUGCGUGUAUGGCUGCAGCUUCAAGGCCGCCGAUCUCUUACUCAGCAUGCUGAAGGAGGUAUCUGUCAGGUGCUAGCUUACAUGUGGUUGAACACCGAGCUCAUGUCGAGAUAUGGCAGUGAUAUUGCAUCAACCUCAUCAUCCAUGACACUCCCAUCUCCAUCAAGACAGGGCACUAGAUCUAAGUUUGAGAGGAAGUUUGGCGAGUUCUUGAAAUACAUGAUUGAAUCGGAUACUUCAGUAUAUGGAGAUGGAUUCAGAGCUGGUUAUCGAUCAGUUCUUAGACAUGGACUUGGAAGAACAGUGGACCAUAUAUUGAUGACAGGAAGAUUUCCAGAUACCCCUGAUCCUGAAUUUAGGUGAUUUUUUUUCCAUCAAGUUCCAAGCUUAGCCUUGUGGUAGUAAAAAGCAAGAAAGAAAACUCUGAUUUUUAUAAGUAAUGUCAUUUUAAUCAUGAGGUAAUUCCCAAUUUAUAUAUCCCACAUAUUGCAGAGCAUAAGCCUCCCACCCAACCCCACAACCCCUUAUUUCCCUGCCAUGCCCACCCACAAGAAAUAAGA